AAUCAUUUUAUUCUUGUUAAUAAUUGAUGAGUCAAAAAAACACAAAAGAAGACUCAUCCCCUCUUGAGACAUUCCCUUCUAAUCUCAAUACAAAAUCUCUCCUCUCUCACCCACCCAUUUCCUUGGGAGAGCCAUGAGAACACUUCUCCUAUAGUUCUCUCUCACCACUUUCAUCUGAUCUCCAAACUCUCUCUAGUCUUCUCCUUGAUCUCAAAAAUACCAAAAGAUCUUUGAAAAAAGGAAAAUGUUGGGGAAAAAGAUGGUUUCUUUCAAGAAACUUGCCAAGAAAGUGAAGGUUAUGGCCAGAGGUGAUCAUUGUCAUCAGUCAUCACAACAAGAAUGUUUGCUUAGGGGAUUUGAGGAUACCUCCCCUGCUUUAACCAAAACCCCAACUGGGUUUUUUGCUGUAUAUGUAGGGGAAGAGAUGGAAAGAUUUGUGGUUCCAACUAGCUUCCUCAGUCAUCCACUCUUCAAGAUGCUACUGGAGAAGUCAUAUAAUGAAUUUGGCUUUGAGCAAAGGAAUAAACUUUUGGUUCCAUGUAGUGUCUCAACUUUUCAAGAGGUUGUAAAUGCUGUUGAAUGUUGCAAUGGGAGGUUUGAUUUCGGAAAUUUGGUUGAGGAGUUCAUAUAAAUGAGAAAAAUAGAUUACAAAUCUUGCGUAUGUAAAAUACAUAUAUGCUUAGCUCUAUCUGCAUGGUUGGGCUAAUUUUGGUCAUAACCAUUUGUGUCAUAGCUAGAAUGCAAGACUUUUUUCUUUCUUU